AACAAUUAAACUCACCUGAGUGCUAACCUGUUUCAAAAACCAUUAAAAUCAAAUUGAAUCAACUAGCAAAAAAGUAGAAGAGUUUUCAAGAUAACAAAUAAACUUGCAACAUAUUGUGGAAAAUAGAUUUUUAUAAUCUUCUGGUGAUAUUUUAAAGCUAUAUCUUUGUUUGGUAUAUUCAUGAACAUAAAAUGUCAUUACUGCCACCGGAGCUUAAACCCUGUAUUUAUUAAAGAAUCUCCUAUUGCAAUUUUGCAUUCCACAACAUAUAAAUGCUAGAUUUAACUGUGGAAAAGUUAUUUAUAUAUAACAUAAAAGUAAAUACACAUGGCAAGCUACUUAACAAGAGAACAGAGGAUAUAUAUAUUAAUAUAAUAUUUAAUAACCUUACUGAUCAGUCAAUAAUUAGAUUAAAAUUAAGACUUGACAAUGACUUUGCAUAAUCACACAUAUGUUCGAAUUAAAGGCCAACAUUACCAGUAGUCGAUAGGGGUAAGAUAUGGCACAUGGAGAACAAGUGCCUUCAUUGAGCCAAAGUCAGUCAAUAAGUCUCACUCUUGAAAUUUUCCCCCAGGUGGUUGAAAUGGAUAUUUAUUUUAAUGUUUUGCUACCAAUUCAAGCACUGAAGUAUUUACUCUAAUAAAAGAAAUGUUUCCAAUACACACAAACGAGUUUCUGUUAUUAUUUUAAGUAAAAGCAAUAUGUGUUUCAGGUCAAAAGAUUUAGAAGAGUUAACAGUAGAAAGUGUUCACUUCUUAUGGAUGUGUCAAGAGUUACAAUCUCUUCUGUUGUUUGCUGACCUUCUAAGUGACUUCGAGAAACAAAUGUGGGAAGAGAAUCGUCCAGAUUUCAUAGACAUUCAGCUAUACCUCACACAUGAACACAGUAAAGAACAAAUGCAGAACCUUUUAGGAAAAUAUCCUAAUCUGGUACACAAAGUUUGUCAAGGUCAUCCUGACUGGUACAGUUUGUUCAGAGAAUGGAUAGAUUUGUAUAAAGGGACAGACGUGGGUGUGUUUUGUUGUGGGCCACAUGCACUUCGGCAUCAAUUAGCCAGUUUGUGCAGGAAGGCCAACUUGUGUGGCUGUAAGUUUACUUACAAACAAGAAUCGUUCUUCUGAUCCAAUGGAUAUUUCAUUAAAUUACUUUAUUGGUUCCUAUUACAAGUAUGUAAGUCCUAAGUACAUCAAGCGAGUUACUAUGAAUGAUACUGAUGUCACUACAGAAAAUAUACUACCUCUUUAAUCAUAGUUAUAUAAAGGCAUCUUAAGUUUAUAAAUGUCAACAAAUAUCCUCUCUUGUUCUAUAAGAAAAGUCUUCAGAAUUUUGGAAGACUACAAUGAGCUAUGAUAGAUAAACAUGUAAAAUGAACAUCAACUUUUUUGUCCCAAUGUAGUAUGUUGAUUUACUUUGGAUCAGCAUUAUAGUUAAUUGAAUAUAUAUAUAUAUAUCUACAUCAUUCAAAAAAUAUUUUAGUUAGUUGGAAUCACUAACUUAGUUCUAAAUUUUUAUCACUGGUCCAUGACAAAGCUAAAUAAAAUUUAAUACUAUUUUUUUCUAGUUUAGAGGAGAGUGGAAGUUACAAAAUGGAAAGUUUUUUCAAUUUUGAAUACUGUCUAUUAAUUUUGGACAGUACACGUAAGAGAGUGGAUGACUGUUGGGGUAAUAUUUGGUAAUGUUAACAUAAACAGCUCUACACAAGGUACCUUUAGAAAGGUGAUAAAAAAAAUCCAAUAAAUUGUGCUAAGCUGUAACUUUAUACUCUAAAUCAAAAAAUAAAUAAAUAACUACAGCAGACUAUCUAUGUGGUCUGAGGAGGAUGGUAACUUUUGAAUAAGUUCUGUUCUUUGGUACAUAUGUAUAACUAGUAUCAUUAGGAAGGGAAAAUCAAAUACCAUCUCAUCGUUUAUCAUUAACCUUCAUUAUAGGUAGAUAUUCCAUAGAAUAGUCAACAAAAAAAAGGUACCACUGUCAAUUGAGAGUGUACAUCUUUUGGCCAAAAAUUGAAUAUCUGUAGACAAAGAUUCAUCUCCAUAGCAGGCACUACUGUAUAAUGGAGAAAAGAUCCUACCAAAUUAUCUGUGUUGUAGCUUUAUACAUAUUUGAGCAUUAAACAAAAAAAUAUUAUUACAUGAUUACUGCAUGCCUAUUGUUAGAACAAAGUUUAUUUGAGCCUGCACACUAACUUAUAAGAGCAUAUUUUAUUUUAAAUAUCCUGGAUUAUAAGUCUUACUCAAACAAGUGCCAAGAGUUUUGCUAGUUGAAAUAAACCUUUGAAUGCAAAAAAUGUUAAACAGACUUGUCAAAUGAUUUAAAAUUAAAUACAUAUAUAAUAGUAGUAUUAUGGUCUGGACUAUUCAUAUAGAACUUAAUCUUAACAAGUAUUGGGUUUUCUUGUUGUAAUUUACUAACAAUCUUCCCCAAGUGUUUCAAUGGUUCACAAAUGGCAUGCAUUAUUCACUCUUAUGUACAGAAAAAAAGGUUGUUUACAUUUUGGAGCUGAAUAUGUAGGUAAACCCGAGAUGAUUUUUACUUUUUAAACCCUUGUCUUUGUAUUUCUUUCAAAGAAACUGUUAACAACUGCAAAUGUUUUAUGUGCUUUAAGUAUUAGUGCCCUGAACAGAAAUGAGGUGUAGAAAAAUUAGUUACUUUGUCUUAUAACAUUUUUUCAGUAAUUAAUCUGGAAUCCCAUAAGUCAUAUCUAACUGUAAUAGGAUGUGUGUGUAUUGUUUUGUAGUAACUCGCAGCUAUAUUUCAAAUAAUGUUACUUAAUUUUCUGUUAUUCAUAGCCAAAAAUAGUUGAUUUUUUGCUAGAAGCAAAUUUGUUAAACUUUACCAUCCUUACUUUGCUAAAUGUCCUGGUAUGUUUUAUAUGAAGCAUUACUGUAGCAAGUUUAAGUUAUCAACAUGAGUUGCUCCUUCAAUUUUUGAAAUUAUACAAGUAAAAUAAAUGUCCGAUAGAGGUAACAAGCUCCAGUUCUUGAGUAAUAGCUUUUAUAAAUGAACUCUUCCCCCUAUAGUUUAUGAAUGAUCAGUAUGCUUCUUCUAGAGGCAAGAAAUUAAGUCUAAGAAGAAUGUCUAUUAUUACCCAUUGUUUUAUCUCUUGAAUAUUUUACAGUAAAGUGUCUAAUGACUAAGAAAUUAUUUUAUGAUAAAUUUUUACUUUAGCAUUAUAGUCUUCCAAGAAAAUUAACAUAUUUGCUAAUUAUACCAAUUC